UGCUUCGUCUGGCCGCUGUGCCUUUAAACGGCGAAGCCCGGUCUGCUGGUGGGAUGGUGUUAGUUUGGAGCCGAAGAGAUGAGAGGAAGUUGCGCAGCCCGGACCGGGCGCUGGAAUAAAAGCUGCGCGAGUGAUUGAAAGUGAUGGUGAAGCGGAUUUGGCAUCAGCGCCGUAUUAACUUGGAGGGAGAGCGAGCGAGUGAGAAAUAGAGAGAGAGGGAGAGAGAGAGAGAGAGAGAGAGAGAGAGAGCGAGCGAGGGAGGGAGGAGGAAAGGGAACAUGUAGAGAGGGGGAGGGAGGCGCUCCAUAAAGCUGCUGUUAUCUGCCCUUGAGCGUGCAGGGCAAAGCCGAGUCGCCGAAACGAGCGGAAAGUCAGCGGGGCGCUCCCCCUUGUCGCCCAUCCUGUCAUUCAAAAAGUAACCUGCCGACAGCGACAAAGGGCCGGUCCGAACCGAAGCGCCAACGAGCGGAGAGCCGCCAGCGGAUUUGGGAGGCGCCGCAAGUUAUUGAGAGCAGCGUCUGUUAAAAAAAAAAGGAUUACUGAUCCGGGAGAGAUAAAGAAGGUCCGGGAGAAAGAUGGAGCACCGCACACAUGCAGCUUUUCUUGAAGACCCGGAAGGAUCGGCGCUGAAGCGGCUUGAAGUUGCACUCCUCCGUGUCAUUUUCACUGGGAAUAUAAACGCGCUGAUGGGGGCAGACAGCCGGUAAGAGGGCGGGCUGUUUCAACGCUUGUUACGUUUUCGCCCGGUUUGCACCUGAAGGGAAAUCGUUGUCUGUGUGAACGGCCGCCUUGGAAAAGUGGAUUUAUUGUAACUGCUGAAGAGAUCGUGGAGGGUCGUUUUCAGCAAUAAGCGAGCACUUUUACUGCUGGACUUCUAAUUGUUUCUAAGGGACGAGGCAGGACCCCGUGCGUUUGUCAUGACACCUGAAGAGUCCUGCUGCGGCCCGGCCGAGUUCUUCAUUUCAUGUCCGAUGACAGUCCUCGGCUGAAUUCAUGACACACGACAAUCUAUCGUGACAGGCACCCUGUAAUCGCCUUCUGCGCUACUUCUGCGGUGACACAUGACAAUCCGAGUUUGAAGUCCUGCUGGCGUGACGCAUGAGCAGCCGCAGCUAGUAGCGUCCAUGCGGAUCCGGCUGGAGACCCCACCUUCCGGACCCUCGGACCAUGUGUGUGGACCCCGCGAUGGCCGUGCUCGUGCUGGCCGCCCUCGUUGUGCAGUGCGCCGCCCUGACACGGGGACAGUACGACAUCUGCAAGUCACUGGUCAGCACGGACGACGGCCCGACCUGGGAGUUUUACGCGUGUCAGCCCAAGCCGAUGUCCAUGAAGGAGUACAUGAAAGUCAAAGUGGAGCCCCCCGGGAUCACCUGCGGAGACCCUCCGGAGAGAUUCUGCACCCUGGAAAACCCGUACCUGUGCAGUGACGAGUGUGAUGCCGCCAAUCCCGACCUGGCACAUCCACCUAAGCUGAUGCAUGACAAGGAGAAAAACGGCCUGCUGACCUACUGGCAGACGGUGACGUGGAGUCGCUUCCCCGAGCCCCUGUUGGCCAACAUUUCACUUUCUUGGAAUAAGAGCAUCGAGCUGACAGAUGACAUCCUGAUCACGUUUGAGUACGGCCGGCCCACCAUCAUGGUGCUGGACAAGUCCUUGGACUAUGGACGGACAUGGCAGCCGUACCAGUUCUACGCCGACGACUGCAUGGACGCUUUUGGCAUGCCGUCCAAGAGAGUCCAGGAGCUCUCGGCCACCAACGUAACCCGGGUCAUCUGCACGGAGGAGUACUCCCGCUGGGUGGGCUCCAAGAAUGAGAAGAACGUGCGCUUCGAGGUGCGGGACCGUUUUGCCAUCUUCGCUGGGCCUCACCUGCGGAACAUGGACAGCCUUUACACCCGCAUGGAGAGCAUGAAAGGGCUGAAGGACUUCUUCACCUUGACCAACCUCCGGCUGCGGCUCCUGCGCCCAGCACUGGGUGGCACCUACGUGCAGCGCGAGAACCUCUACAAAUAUUUCUACGCCAUUUCAAACAUUGAAGUCUCAGGAAGGUGUAAAUGCAACCUCCAUGCCAGCCAAUGCACAUUCAAAGAUGGCAGCCUGCAGUGCGAGUGCGAGCACAACACCACGGGACAGGACUGCGGACGGUGCAAGAAGAGUUUCCGAGCCAAAUCCUGGAGACCGGGGUCUUACUUACCAUCGCCCAACGGAUCACCCAACACCUGUGCGGCUGCUGGAUCGGCGCUGGGCAACUGCGAGUGUAACGGCCACUCGAACCGCUGCAGUUACAUCGACUUUCUCAACAUCGUGACGUGCGUCAGCUGCAAACACAACACUAGGGGGCAGCACUGUCAGCACUGCCGCCUGGGAUACUUCCGGAAUCUGUCCGCCGAGCUCGACGACGAGAACGUGUGUAUAGAGUGUAACUGUAACCAGAUGGGCUCCGUCCACGACCGCUGCAACGAGACGGGCUACUGUGAGUGUAAAGAUGGCGCGACCGGCCCGAAAUGCGAGGACUGCCUGCCCGGAUACUACUGGAAGCAGGGCUGCUACCCCAACGUCUGUGACGAUGGGCUCUUGCUUUGCCUCAAUGGAGGGACCUGCUACCAAAACCAGAGGUGCGUGUGUCCGGCGGGAUUCAAGGGGGUCCUGUGCGAGCAGCCCAAGUGCAAUUCAGAGGAGGGCGACUGCGACACCGCCGCCCCGUCCUCGUACCUCAGCCUGGCCGUCCUCGCCGGGGGCCUGCUGCUCCACUGGCUGCACUGAGGCGCCGACGGGCCAAGACCCCCAGACCUGAAGGGAACGGGCGGUGAGGGAAAGACGAACGCUGCCACGAGACGGGCGGCCGAAGGUCCACAGGAGGGGACGAGAAGAAGAGCGCCACCCGCUCACUUUUGGGAUUGUGGCCCCAGACUUUGAUACCAAAAAGCAAACUGGCACUCGCUCAGAGACGCGCCCUUGUAGUCCAUGCCCACGUUAGGAUGCACCUGCCCAUGAUAUCAUUUUAUUUGUUUUGAACUCCGAAAGAUUCAAUCGCUGCGCCCGCUGCCACUUCUGUAUCGCUCUAGAGAACAUAGACAGCCACGCAGACGUCAGUCGACCGAGACCCUCAGACCCCCGUCGCCGGCUCCAGGGCCCGAGUGCGCAUCAGGUAGCCCACCUGUGAACACAUGCUGUGGAGGACGGAGCGGCGGCAGCGGAGUCACCGAAACAAACCGACGAUGACAAUAAUGACAAUAAUGACAACAGCGUACGUACACUGCAGCACUGUUGGAAUAUUCUUUUGUAGAAAUCAUUAUUUUUGUUUGGAGUAAAUGUUAUCAUUUAAAAUCUACAAAUAAAUUCCAGAUGUGCAUUUUAA